AGUCAGUGAGAGGAAGCGUUCUGUGUGCUUAGGGCUGUGUUACGUGCGGGACAUACUAAGUAACGACUGCGCGUGUGUGUAUAUAUAUAUUGAAGAAAAGCACCCGUUUUGUUCGCCCUGACAGCUCCAGUCCGAGUUGCACCUGAACGCAGCGCCGCUGCUGACCACCUCCUCCGCGGCUGUCUCUCUCUUGCGGGGACUUUUCACGGGGGACGGCGGACAAGGACACAAUGCCACUCCGGGAGUCACUCACCCAGCGGUGUUUCGGGACGGGGUAGAAUACAAAGAAAACACUGUGCGCCGUUUCAAAUAUCCACUUUGGGAUCUACCUUCCUACACAUCUGGAUUUUCUUCUUCCUCUUCUUCUUCUUCCUCUUCUUCUUCUUCUUCUUCUUCUUCUUCUUCUCCUCCUCCAGAGAACAGUUUUCCUCUCCUGAAGAACGGUGACUCACUGCAGGCAGAAGGCGAGCCGCUGCAUCCUAAUCAGACAAGCGGAGAGGUCUCCAGCUCAUUGACAUUACAGUCAUACUUUUCUGGAGCACUCCACCCCCCCCCCCACCCCCCCACUGCGCCGCACUGUAGUCUGCGUGUGCAGCGGAGGCUCGUCGCUUUUCUUCCAGCACGGAGACCCGAAGAGGAGACGGGCGGUAGCCCAGUGAAGUGGUUCGGGGGAUGAAACUCUCCCUGAACCCGGCUGCAACUGAGUGUUUGGCUUUCUGACAGUUGACGUUGUACCUUUCGGACUAUAUUGGCAUGCGGCGGCUCCUUUUUUGGUGGCAUGACUGAACUCUUACAAUGACUAUUCUGUUUGGAGACUGGAUUGCGUUUAUUGCUCAGAUGAGUCUGGGCACUCAGCUGAAUAUAAAUUAGGUGUUCAGCACCACAGAUUGCUGGAAGAGGAAGAGAGAGAGAGAGAGAGACAGAGCAAAGACGACCCACAAAGACAAAUGCCAAGGCAUCACAUGAUGAACAGAACUCUUUAUUUGAUCCCGAUUAACAGAAACGCCAAAUUUGAACAAAAUCUCAACAGGUCCAAGGAAGCGUAAUCGCAACACAGAUUAUAGCAGCUUUUACGGAGUGGGGAUGUAUCUUUCUAUUUUCUUUUUCCUCCUGUUAUGGGCUCAAGCCCUGACACUGAAAAACUUGAAUUACUCCGUCCCGGAGGAGCAGGGUCCGGGUACAGUGAUUGGGAACAUUGCCAAAGAUGCCAGACUCGGAAUCGAACAGGUUGGUCCGGGAGGACAGGGUAAGAAAGCCAACUUCAGGGUGCUGGAGAACUCGGCUCCGCAUCUAAUCGACGUGGACCCCACCAGCGGGCUGCUGUACACAAAGCAGCGCAUCGACAGGGAGACCUUGUGUAAGAGAAACCCCAAGUGCCAGCUCUCCAUGGAGGUGUUUGCCAAUGACAAGGAGAUCUGCAUGAUCAAAAUAGAUAUUCAGGACAUUAACGACAACUCGCCCGCCUUCCCUUCGGAUCAGAUUGAUAUUGACAUUUCUGAAAACGCAAUGCCAGGGACACGCUUUCCCCUGACCAGCGCGCAUGACCCAGAUGCAGGGGAGAACGGCUUGAAAACCUAUCAAAUAACACGCGAUGACUACAAUCUCUUUUCCUUGGAGGUAAAGUCCCGUGGGGACGGGACUAAAUUCCCAGAAUUAGUCAUUCAACGGCCAUUGGACCGAGAAGAACGAAACCAUCACACCCUUAUCUUGUCAGCCACAGAUGGGGGGGAAUAUCCCCGGUCAGGUAGCAUGCAGAUAAAUGUUAAAGUUAUUGAUUCCAAUGAUAACAGCCCUGUGUUUGAUCAGCACUCGUAUGUUGUGGAAAUCCCUGAAAAUUCACCUCCUGGUAAAGUGUUGAUCGAUUUAAACGCCACUGAUCCUGAUGAGGGCAACAAUGGACAAGUAGUCUAUUCUUUUAGUGGCUAUGCCCCAGAGAGAAUCCGGGAGCUCUUUUCCAUAGAUUCCAGAACAGGGGUCAUAAAGAUUCAGGGUGAAAUUGACUACGAAGAGAGCCCAAUUAUUGAGAUUGACAUCCAGGCAAAGGAUCUAGGUCCCAAUCCAAUCCCAGGCCAUUGUAAAGUCACCGUUAAAGUGCUGGACAAGAAUGAUAACUGGCCGUUUAUAGGCUUUGUGUCUGUGAGACAGGGAGCCAUCAGCGAAGCAGCACCUCCAGGCACCGUCAUUGCUCUGGUCCGUGUCACAGACAAGGACUCAGCCAGGAAUGGGCAGCUUCAGUGCAGAGUACUGGGGAAUGUCCCUUUUAAACUUGAGGAGAAUUCUGAUAACUUCUAUACUGUGGUGACGGACAGACCCUUAGACAGAGAGGCGCAGGAUGAGUUCAAUGUCACCAUCGUGGCCAAAGACAACGGCAUUCCUCCUCUAAACUCCACAAAGUCCUUCACGGUAAAGAUUCUGGAUGAGAACGACAAUGUUCCUCUCUUCACCAAGUCAGUUUACCUUCUUCAAAUACCUGAGAACAACAUCCCUGGGGAGUACCUAGGUUCAGUUCUGGCGCAUGACCCAGACCUCGGCCAGAACGGCACUGUGUACUACAGCAUAGUCAACUCCAAUGUGAGUGGGGGUGAUGUCAACACCUAUGUUAAUGUGAACGCUGCCAACGGAGCCAUCUAUGCAGUGAGGUCUUUUAACUAUGAGCAAAUCAAAUAUUUUGACUUUAAGGUUCUUGCGAGAGAUGCAGGCUCUCCACACCUGGAGAGCAACGCUACAGUGCGCAUCAGUGUUCUGGAUGUCAAUGACAACAUUCCUGUCAUAGUUCUGCCCCUGCUCCUAAAUGACACAGCUGAAAUCCAUGUGCCGCGCAACGUUGGUGUCGGCUACAUUGUCACCACGGUGAAGGCGGUGGAUAAUGACUAUGGCGAGAGUGGGAGGCUCACAUAUGAGAUCUCCGAUGGUAAUGAGGAGCACCUGUUUGAGAUUGAUCUAGUGACCGGGGAGGUUCGAACAGCCCACCCAUUCUGGGACGAUGUGAACCCCAUUGUGGAGCUGAUCAUCCGAGUAUCUGACCAUGGCAAGCCAACUCUCACCGCCUCCGCCAGGCUCAUCGUCAAGGCGUCCAACGGACGCCCUCCAGAUGGGCUGCCACGCACAAAGGACAAUCAGAACUGGGACAUGUCCCUGCCUCUUAUUGUAACACUCAGCAUCAUAUCCAUCAUGCUUCUGGCAGCAAUGGUGACCAUAGCAAUCAAGUGCAAGCGAGAAAACAAGGAGAUCCGUACCUAUAAUUGUCGCAUUGCUGAGUACUCGCACCCUCAGCUCGGGAAAGGGAAGAAGAAGAAGAUUAACAAGAACGACAUCAUGCUGGUGCAGAGCGAGGUGGAGGAGCGGGAUGCCAUGAAUGUGAUGAACGUGGUAAGCAGCCCUUCCUUGGCCACCUCUCCCAUGUACUUUGACUACCAGACACGCCUGCCACUCAGCUCACCAAGGUCAGAGGUCAUGUACCUCAAGCCCACUGGCAAUAACCUCAGCGUGCCCCAAGGCCACGUGGGAUGCCACACCAGCUUCACAGGCCCAGUCACCAGCACUACAGACACACCUACUAACCGCAUGUCCAUCAUACAGACGGACAAUUUCCCCACCGAGCCUAAUUAUAUGGGUAGCAGACAACAGUUUGUUCAAAGUAGCUCGACAUUCAAAGACCCGGAGCGAGCGAGCCUCAGAGACAGUGGUCAUGGCGACAGCGACCAGGCUGACAGCGACCAGGACACGAACAAAGGCUCCUGCUGCGAUAUGUCUGCAAAAGAGGCCCUCAAGAUGAAGGCUACGGGCGUGAAACCGCCACCUUUGGAACAAGAUGAGGACUGUGUGAAUUGUACGGAGGAGUGCCGAGUACUCGGUCAUUCUGACCGCUGCUGGAUGCCCCAGUUCCCCGCUGGAGGAAACCAGGCAGAAGGUGUUGACUACCGCAACAACAUGUUCGUGCCAGCAGGCAUGGAGACUGUGCCCGAGACGGAGACCUACGAAACUGUCAACCCCAACGGCAAGAAGACGUUCUGUACAUUUGGAAAAGAGAGGCGUGACCACACCAUCCUGGUCGCUAAUGUCAAGCCCUACUUGAAGGCGAAACGAGCCCUCAGUCCGCUGCUCCAAGAGGUACCUUCAGCUUCCAGCAGUCCUACCAAGGGCUGCUCCACCAUGUCUCCCUGCUCGUCAGUCAAAAGCCCAGCUGACGGAGCUGAAGGCAGACCGCCUCCUGCAACCUGCUCUGGCCACUACGGGCCUCCUGAUGGUCAGUACCUGUCACCAACCAAACAAACCAGAGACCAGGGGGUCUACCCACCCUUGCUUCCCUCAGACCCGGUGGCCAAGGUGCUCGCAGAGGCCCGCUCUAGGAUCAGCCAAGAGGCGACGGGGGAAAUGGAGUGUGUUCUGGAGCAGGCCGAGCCGGACGGGAGCCGUGAUAGAAUGGACGCUGACCAGGUGGUGAGAGACAUCGACAAACUAUUGCAGGACUGCAGAGGAAGUGAGGCCACUGGAACACUCAGGAAGUGACACAAAUGACUGCAAAAAAAAAGAGAGGUAGAGAGAGGAAUAUAAAGCUAUUCUAAAAACUCUCACACCAAAAACUGUCACCAAAAUAAAGGAAGAAGGUUAAACGGCUCUUCUGAUAUGAGCUCUUUUCACUGUAUUUGUUGUUGCCGACAUUGGACGGACGAUGGGAACAUUUAUUAUGUCAGUCAUUUGGCGCCAGUGUGGCGUUAGGAUCCCCGCCAACAAAAAUGAACUGGGUAACAAACAUCUGUAUUCUGCUGAAUUUAUAAACUCUUUUUGUUUUGGAUUCUUAAGCAAAUUGCAGAGGCUUAUGCCUCUGGCACCUCGCAAGCUAUUAUCUAAGUGCCCACCAGCUCAUAAGUGUGUUGUUCAUGGUCUCUCGUGAAACCCUACAUAUCUAAGUGUGUAGGUGGAUUUCUGUUAUGUGUGAUGGCCAUAGAAACUGAAUUAAAAACAAAAAGGACUAUUUAUGGUCAGACAUGACAAUCGAUGCGAAAACAGUGAAACAAAUUUGAAACCGUUUGGGACAGUGAAAGACCGAAAUACACAAAACAACCUUAUCUCUCUUGACUUAAAUAUAGGUGUUUAAUGUGUGAUGGAUACUGUAUCUGAACAUGAAGCGACUGGUUAAUCAGGUGUGUGUUCACAGGGAUUGGUUCUGGACUCGGAGACGGCAAGAGGGGGGGAGGGGGGGGGCUUAAUUGCUACGCUGAAGGGGAAUUAUUAACAGUGUAACCACGUCUCACCUGUCAUUUGUAGCCACAUGUGUACGCUGUGUCUGUCUCACGCCUCUAUUUAAACAUUCAUGUUGCUGACUGGUGUAGUUGCAUGCACCAAGUGUACACACAUUUUACACAUGCGCACCACACUUUGCUCAUACACGUGCUGACACGCUCACAUGCACUGAUGCCCCUACAGACACACACACACCUACACACACACACUAAUGCUUACACACAACUGGCCAUCUGUGUACUUGUCUUAUACAUGGACAUCAUCAGCUUUCGGUCCCUUGUGUACAGUGAAUUAUCAUGUGUGUGACUUUGCCUUAAGGCAAUCACAGGUUGUAUAAAAAGGGACAUUUUUUCAUCAACUGUGAAAAGAUGAAAUCUAUAUGAUUAUAUAGAUGACUAUAUGUAUGAAUUCAUGUAUAGUGUCCAAAUAUUAACUACAUAUUUAUACAUUUUAUAAGAAAAAAAAAUAAAUGAGGAAUCUCAGCAAAGUGUCCUUGAGUUAAGGUCAAGUGUGGGGUAUUAACUCAAAGAACUGCGAAGGACACUGCCAUUGUUUCGAAGACAAAUAUCCAAAAAUAUAAAUAACAAUAAAUUGUCCCUUCACAUUAUCACUAUACAUAAUGUCAUUAUAUGUGUAAAUGUAUCCAAUUUAGAUGUGUUUACAUCAAAAAACUGACAUAUUUUUAUUGAUUUUACUGCAAUUUCUGUGCAUUUGAGCCAAAUUGUUAUGUGUACAAAAGCUAUAUUGUGUAUUUUAUUAAAUUAAUAUAUAGUUGUGUUGCAAUAUACAUGGGCUUAUAUUGUAUUUGGCAAACGUUGCCUUAGUAGCUGUCGAACUCUGUGAGUUUGCUUUAGUUUGGGUUUUUGUUGGUGUUUCUUUUCCUCUCUAUUCUGCGUCUUUGCAGGCUGGCUUCAGUGCUUUUGAGAUGUCGCCUCUUUUUACCCGAAGGUCCAGCUGGAUCAAAUACAAUAACUGUUGAAGCUUAAUGAGCCAGCUGAUUUAGAAUACAAUUCAAACCGACAACAAAAAGCAACAACUGCAAGAUAACAGUUUGAAUAUUUUUACUGAGCAGAUUUUUACAGGGCAGCUAUUUUCUUUAACAAUAUCUAGUGUGCGUAUCUCUUGUGUUCCAUAUGUUUUUACUUUCUCUUUUUUUUUUCUUCCAAAAAAGAAACCUGCCAUAUUGAAAGUGGAGUGGUUUCCUUGGUGAUCAUAAAACUGCCUUACUGUCUCUGCGGAGAGCUUGUUGUAUCUGUGGAGCUUGUGACUGCUUAUAAAGCCCUGGUCCACCAGAAUGUGCAUUUUUCUAUUUAAGGACCCAAAGAGGUUCUUUUUCAGUAGUCUGUGUUGUUUAUGUAUGUACUCCUUCUCAAUACAUGUUAGAAAUCUCCUAUUUUGCAGUGAAACAUCUGAAAUUCUAUCAAAAGUUACUUUGGAUUUGAUGUCUUAGCUGUUUAGGUACACGGUUUAUAUAACCAAGUGUCUUCACAUUCAGGCUUUCUUAAAAGAAAUGAUACAGACAUUUAUUUUUGAAAAUUUUGGCACAUUUCGGCCACUCUCUGAAACAAGGGAGGUGCUUUUUCUAAUAUACUCUGAUAGUAAAUAAAAAAGCAGAACAGUGGGCUAUUAGACUAGAUGUGUUUUGGAAAAUAUGACCGCAAUCACCAAAUCUAUGUUAGAUGCAGCCAUGAGAGGGAACAGCGACUUGCAUUCAUACGGCCCCCGGUGUGUUUAUGGUAAAGUUUUUCUGAGCUGAGUUGGACUCUCGACAGCAGAUAUGAUGUGUUAUAUCUCGCAGACAUGUCACAUCUGAAUAUUUGGGUAUUUCUGUUCUUGCUUCUUUUUCCUAAUCGAGAUACAUGUUUAGACAUUCUCCUGUCAUUCUGCCAUUCUUCUGUAUCUGUUGCCUACUUGCCAUCUUUUUUCUUUUUCUUUUCUUUUUUCAUUCUUCAUUUGCUUACUUUUCUUCUCUUCAGCUGUUUGCUUUCUCGCCUCUAAGGGAGCAAAGCAACUGUUAGCUUUUCUCCUCUCUUUCGUCUGCAAAGUAUUUGGUUUCGGUUUACCCUUGCUCUUUUCCUGGGAGAUGGCAGAGGCUGUUUUUAGAAGAAUCGACGGAGGAGUAAAAUAUUUAUGGUUAUUUUUAAAUGAAACUUUUUCCGCUCUCUCAAAUAUCUGAAUAAAUCAACUAAGUCUGACAUUCACAUCACACAAUCAGUUAAAUUGUGCUUUUCAAAGUGUGCACUGUGACUGUGAUCUUGACAAACAUGUUACAUUUGUGCACACGCAUGCACGCCCACACACACACACACACACACACACACACACUAACACUUGGGCACUUCAGCAGCACACUGCCUUUCACUUAAAUGCAACUUCAUUUAAUUGUUAACCUUAAAAAGGUAAUGUGAAGGCCAAAAGAGAGGUCGAAACACUAGCCAAACAAAUGUGACACUUUUCUUCAUUCUUUUCUAUCUCAUUGUGCUUAGUCUUCAUGCUGGAUCAAGCAUUCUCUAGUGUGUGUGUGUGUGUGUGUGUGUGUGUGUGCGCACGCUUGAUGUGCUUUCAUGCCCCUUAUUCUUUAACUAAACUAUUUCUUUCAUAUUUAAUUUCUGUUACACAUGUACUAUGUGUUCUCCCCUUUAUUUGGGCAUCAAUUAAAACAAAGUACAGAGGUCAACUCAGGACUGUGUCUUUUGCUCAGUCUGGCUGCCACAAGCAGCCACUGUCACACUUCAGGCACAUUUAAAGUGCUGUCCCCUUGAAUGGAGGUCCCCUGGCGGAGCCGCUGUCUACCCUCGCAAACUGUGGGCAGGAAAUGAGCCGGGUCCAGUGGAUGGAAGGUAGUCCUUAAAGCCAUCGCCCCCUUCUCUCAGGCUAUUUGCUGUCUAAUAGAGCGGAGGCUGCUGCUGAGGUCAACACAUAGUUGGAGAUUGAGCAUAAUGCAAGGCCUCUCAUUAUUGUCUAAUUACACACUGUUGGCAUCACACACUGUUUGCAGUGCGUUACUCAAAUCUAGAGUUGGUUAUUUUUGCCCACUUGAGACGGUCGGUUUGACCAAGUGAUUGGGACUUGUUGAAUGUGGUCUCACCGCCUCUGACUGAUGCAGGUGCACACAGACUCAGACAGCCACUGCUUCACACACACAGAAUCAACAUGUCAUUUUGGUUAGUUGAAACAAGCACCCAAUGUUUGUCAGUGUCGUCCCCUCCCCCCUCCCCCCAAGCCCACACUGAUAGCUUAGGGCUCCAUGCUACUAUGGGCAACUGGUUUAAAGACCAGAGACAUUCAUUUGUAUGGAUUAUUUCAACUGCUAUUGUCUAAAGGCUGUGUUCA